AUGAAAGCAAGCAGGUGUUUGCACUUUUCGCUUUUUGCUAUUGCAGUCAGUGCAGCUCUCGCCAUACCAGCACCAACAGGACUCUUCGACAAUAAAGACCGCAGGAUCGUCAACGGUACCGAUGCGUCCAUCCUAGAUUUUCCCUUUAUGAUAUCCCUUCGUGGUAGAACCGGACGCCACUCUUGUGGAGGAAGUAUCCUGUCCGAGCUAUGGAUACUUACGGCUGGUCACUGUGUUUCAUCGGUCACAGUCGCGCAGGAGACGGUUCAAGUGGGACGCACUGAGGUUUCUUUGGAUGUGGACGAAUCAGUGUACAGCAUCGAGGAAGUCAUUCGUCAUCCUGGAUACGAUUCCAGCAACAGUUUCAUCAACGAUAUCGCUCUGUUGAAGCUAGCAAGGUGCCUAACGUUUAGUGAUCGUGUCUAUCCGGUUCGGUUACCUCGCUAUAUGUUUGAAGUCGAGGACGAUCCAAAUGAUCUCGAAGUGACUCUGAUUGGUUGGGGAUUAAAUGCUACCGGUGGAGUAGCUCCCACCACGCUCCAGCGUAUCGAAUAUUACGUCAUUCCGAAUGAGGAGUGCAACGCGAUCCAUUCGAGCACAAUCCAUCCGUCACAAAUUUGUGCCGCCUAUCCUGGAGGCGGCAAAGGACAGUGCGGUGGAGAUUCUGGGGGUCCACUGCUACAUCACGGAGUUCAGGUGGGCAUCGUUUCUUGGAGUGUCAGACCGUGUGGUGCUGCACCAUAUCCUGGCGUCCUGACAAAAGUUUCGCACCACUUGGACUUUAUUCGAGAACACACUCGUAUUCUGCACUAG